CAGUUUGAAGAACAAUGUGGCUAGUCCUUCUUACGUUUCAAGUUGCCAAACUCCUUCUUGCCCAAGGUGAAAAUGCCUGCAUGGGACAUUCCACAUUCAGAAGUCCAGCUCCUUCAGACAUCGAGGUACACUGUGGAUCUCAGACAGUGGACCUGGAGAUCUUCCUGUGUCCCAUCUAUUUCAAUGGAUACAACGAGUCACUGCUGGCCCUCAACUCAGAGCACUCCAAACACCAGUGUAAAGGGACUACUGACUGGAUGGCGGACCCGCCUGUUGUUAAAUUCAAUUUCUCCAUCACAGAGGGAGCUAUCUCUGCCUGCUCCAACCUGCUGACAGUUACUCAGGAGUCAGGAACUGGGCAGUUUGCAGAUUUCUCCAGUGUCGAGUAUGUCACCAUCUCAGGCAUGGUGUGCUCUGAGGAUCCCAGCACAGGAGCCAUCACGUAUCACCAAGAGGUUAUGUACAGGUUCUCCUGCCGCUACCCACUACAGUAUCUGGUCAACAAUACUCAGAUGAGUGUGUCUGGUGUUAGCCUGGCUGUCAGAGACAAUAAUGGCAGUUUUAUCAGCACACUGAGCAUGCAACUGUAUUCGGACAAUAAUUACUCAUCGGCAAUGCAGAUCCCAGCAGGAGGCCUGGAGCUAAAGACAAGGAUCUUUGUAGAAGUGAAGGCAUCCAACCUCACUAACAGAUUCAAUGUACUCCUGGACCGAUGUUACGCAACAGCCUCACCUUUUCCCAUCAACACCACAUUUCAUGAUCUCUUUGUUGGGUGUAACCGUGAUGGCCAGACAGUAAUGGGAAUUAACGGACAACAGCAGAAAGCUCGCUUCUCCUUUGAGGCCUUCCGCUUUGUCCAGUUCACAGGAUCAGCUCUCUCCACCUAUUAUGUUCACUGUGUUACCAGACUCUGUGUGAACUCCUUCUGCCCCACCCUCAUUCAGAACUGCACCACUGACACCAACUCAAAAAGACGUCGCAGCAUUGAUGACAACCAAGACACCACAGUGAGCGACAUGGCCACGAUCAGCUCAGGUCCCAUCACUACUCGCCAAGACAAUGAUUUACAGCAGACUCAAAUAAACAGCAGUGUGGUGGCUGUUUCCAUUGUAGCAGGCAUUGUCGGGUCCAUCUGCCUUACUCUGGUUGCUUUCAUUGUGUGCAAAGUAAUGUACAAAUCCAAGAUCAGUAUUAAGACAACUCUGUCCUGAUUCUGUCCUGUUUCAUCCAAUCAUACAAUUGACAAGAAACCAUGGGAGUAUUGAAAUAAAUGAGUCAAAGCUCUGACAUUUGCAUUAACAAUACAAGUUUCUUGAAAAAGGCGUAAGAGAAGGAGAAUAUCAGUGAGGUACCUUAAAGGUAUACUUGACCCCAAAAUCAAAUGCUUCUCCUUUUACCUGAAUUGCCAAUAUCAGUUUAGAUUUGGGGGGAAGCUGGAGUACCCAGAGAGACACAGGGAGAACAUGCAAACUCUGCACAGAAAAGCCCUGUCCCAGCUAGGUCUCAACCCAUGACCUUCUUGCUGUGGGGUAGGAGUGCUAACCACUGUGCAAAAUACAUUUGAAAAACAGCAAUGUGUCUUUCCAGAAAUAGUGUCCCGGUUAUUCAAGAGAAUCCACAGACCGCUGCUGUGAGCAGUUUCAUGAAGGAGUUAUUUUCUCUCUACUCAAAUGCUCAUGGAUGAAAGGCUCAUGCUCCUGACAGUGAGGGAUGUGAACAUCAAGGUAUUCUCCUCAGCUGUAAUGUUAGCUAAUAGGAAAACAAGAUAAUAGGGAAAAAAGAAAGAAAAUAGCUCCUACAAGAAACAAUGCAAAGGUUAGUGGAUUUUUUUUAGUAAGUGGUUUAUGAUUAACUAUUAAUACUUAAUUAAUGCUACCGUAGGCAAGUAGAAUUGCCGCUCAUAUGAUAUUCCUGACCUCCUCUAACCCUGACAACUCCUCACACCUCAGGCAAAGGUGUCCUCACAUCUUCUCACAUCUUGAUAUGUUCUAAUCCAUACAGGGAUCUUUAAAUCUAAAACCUGCUCCAACAUAAGUCAUACACAAAAACAACAACACUGUACAUUCAUUCAUAUAGCCUUG